AUGAAAAGCCUCUACGCUUUCCUAGUGGCUAUAGCAGCUAGUACGAUGGCAGCUACUUCCCCCUUGACGAGGCAAGCGACACAGGAGUCUCCCAUCAACUUCAAACUCUCCUCUGUCGGCAACUCGCAAAUCAAGGUCACUAUAACCAACAAAAACCAGGACACUGGAUACAAUCUAGUCAAAGUCAACACCCUCCUGGAUGACGACCAUGUCCACAAGUUGACUAUCACGAACGAGGGCACUAGCGUCAACUUUACCGGCUUCUCAGUCACAUACCUCUACGAUCAACUCGAUGAGGAGAGUUUCUUUCCCCUCUUCGCAGGACAGACGCGAGAAGUCGUGGUAGACGUGGCCGAGGGUUACUGGGUCCACAACACGACUACUUCGGUCCAGGAAAUCGUCGCAAAGGGACAAUUCUACUACGCACCACUUAAUUCGACAGAUAUCCAAGGCAGCUUCGAGUACAUGAGUAAUACUCUCUCUGUCGACAUCGACCAGGCUGAAGCGACAACCAUCUUCAAAAACUUCCUAUCGGCAAAGAUCACAAAGCGGGUCAACAUCAGUCCGACAUGCGAGGGAAAAGAGUUGGAAACAUUAAGAGAGUCCCUUAAAGAUUGCACAACCUUUGCACAUGCCGCUGCCAAGGACGCCAAGGACGGUGUGACGGGUCUCUAUUUGAAGUACUUUUACAAAAUGGACUGGGCCGAGGUUCAGGGCCGCCUCCAAGCCAUCGGCGAUCAUUGUACUAGUCUCGGCGUGCUCGAUGCUGUGCUCUACUGCAGGGAUCCCUUUGGCGGCGCCGGUAGAUGCAACACCAAAGGCGUGGCGGCCUUUGCUCGAGACAAGGAAGAGGCUAUUGUCUUCUGUCCCGCUUUCUUUGACCUCCCUGCUAUUCGAUACUCAUGCAAUGGAUUCACGUCGCAAAGCCGCGCUGGCGUUAUCAUCCAUGAAAUGACGCACAUGGGCCUUGUGUACUGGCCCAUAUGUAGCGACUAUGCGUAUGGCACGGCCAAGUCUCAGAAACUCAGCCCGGAUUAUGCUGCUUCCAAUGCUGAUAGCCACGCUUUGUAUGCCAUGGAUCUGAAGGUCGGCUGUAAAUAA